AUGAGUUCUGGUCCCAGACUCGUCAGCAGCGCUGCAACCCGGAGACUGUUGUUGCAAUCACACUCCCGCCUCCCGUACUCCUCUCGUUUGUCCGUUUAUUCAUCCCGCUCCAAAUUCACAAGAGACCUUCCGCCCAGGAUUCAGGCUCUGGCGAUUCUUUUGCCCAACAGAGGUUAUGCUACCGAGACGACUACACAAGGCCCCGAGGGUGGACCGCCUCCAGGCUUCAAUAUCGAUGAAGCGAAGAAACCCCUACCAAAGGAUUCCUCUCAGCCGUCAUCGGACACUCCCACGGUCGCAGACUUGAAAGAGUCCGGUGAACAGCUCAAGACCCCAAAGACGGAAGCGACUAUGGUCGACAAGACGAAGGCACUUGAGAACGCUAGUUUGUCUGACUUGGCCGCCGGCAAAGCUGCUGCGGACCACGCCACUGCCAAUUCCACAUCGGUAGCGAACAAGAAGGACGACGGCAAGAAGCUCACCCUUGGCCAGAAAAUCAAGAAGGAAGUCCAGCACUAUUGGGAUGGUACCAAGUUGUUGGCUGCUGAAGUCAGUAUCUCGACCAAACUUGCGUUCAAGAUGGCGGCCGGUUACGAACUCAGCCGACGAGAACACAGACAGCUUCAAAGAACAGUCCAGGAUUUGGCUCGUCUAGUGCCUUUCUCCGUUUUCGUCAUCGUUCCGUUCGCCGAGUUCCUCUUGCCUGUGGCAUUGAAACUCUUCCCCAAUCUUCUUCCGUCCACCUUUGAAGGCCAGAAAUCCCGCGAAGUCAAGGCGGCGCAUCUAAGGGAGACGCGCAAGCAAAUGUCUUCCUUCCUUCGAGAUACCAUGCGGGAAACCGGUCUUCCAAUCUCGGCAGCCAAUGCGAAGAAAGAAGAGUUUACCGAAUUCUUCCGCAAGGUUCGGACCACAGGAGAGUCGCCAUCGAAAGACGACGUGAUCAAAGUGUGCAAGGUAUUCAAGGACGACUUGACUUUGGACAAUCUUUCGAGACCACAACUCGUGGCCAUGUGCCGAUAUAUGAAUCUCAACACAUUCGGAACAGAUGCCAUGCUCCGAUAUCAAAUUCGACACCGCAUGCGACAAAUCAAACGGGACGACAAGGCGAUUUCAUUCGAGGGGGUUGACUCAUUAUCAGUUCCCGAAUUGCAGAUGGCAUGUGCCUCCCGAGGCAUCCGCACGCAUGGUGUAUCGCCUGGAAAACUCCGCGAGGAACUUCAGAUGUGGCUGGACCUCCGGUUGAAAUAUAAUAUCCCGUCGACUCUCCUUGUUCUCAGCAAUGCCUACAUGUACACGUCCGGCAAGGACGGCGAGAUCGAUUCGCAGAUCGACGCCCUCCAGGCCGUGCUAAGCAGCAUUCCCGAGGAGUUGUUCCACGAAAUCGAACUUGAAGUACACACUGCAGAAGGCGCCGCGACGAACAAGCAGCGUCUGGAGGUUUUGAAGGAGCAACAAGAGCUCAUCGAGGAAGAGAACGAGCAGGCCAAAUCGUCGUCAGAGGUUGUCGCCGAAGGCAAGAGUGCCAGCAAAAGCGUCAAGGACGACAAGGAUAUUGACGAGAAACCGAAGGUCAAGGCGGCCGCGGAAGCGAAAGAAGUGCCGGCUUCUCCUUCCAGAGAGGCUCAGGAGGCCGAGAAGGAUGCCGCUGAGCAGGGCAAGAAUGAAGAAGUCCAACAAGAAAAGGACGUCAGGAAGGAUUAA